AUGGAGGAUUUAGACUAUCAUAUCGAGAUUAGGGAUUUGAUGAUCGACAUACCCCAAGUCACAAAAAAUCUAUACCUAGUCUUGGACCAAAACUCUAAACUGGGUCCAAAAGGUAUUCCAAUCUUUUCAAUCAGCUCUCGUGUCAAAAUAACCAAACCUCAAUGGCUACCACAUAAUACUACUCAUCUAACUUGUGACCUCCGUUCGCCAUCAACUUUCCCAACCAAGGCAUUGAGAUUGGAUGAAACCAAUGUUAGAUAUUUAAUCAUCGAUAUUUUCUAUAAAGUUUUUCAAUUUUCAAUUCAAAGAUUGAUCCAGACAAUAGAAAUGUAUUGGUUUUGGAAAGACAGACACUUGGUGGUGGAAUGA